GGGCGCGCUCAGCCAAAGCGUCCCCGGACACCUGUCCCGCCGCGCCUUUGCGCAGCGCUCUCUGCAGAGCGGAGCGAUGAGCCCGGCCGAUCCCAGGCAGGGCAAGCGGCGGCGAAGGCGGAGAGAGCGAGGCCCAGAGGGAGGAGUCUCCGGCAACGCCAUCGACGGCCCCGCCGCAGCUCCGGGUCCUGGAGCCCUCCGGCUGCAGGCUGCCUUUAUUUUGCUGCAGGAGCCUCCUCUGUACCGGGAUCCUCGCGCGCUCCCUCUGUCUCUCCAUGCCUUUUAGGGAAGUGAAGCUGGCUUCAUAGAUUUGGGCUGUUUCACCAGACACCUGUUAAGGAUUAUAGCCUGAAAGUUGGAGUUUCAUCUAAUGCAAUGACCCAGCAGCCACAGGAUGAAUUUGACAGCAGCGUGGAGAAGGCAGUAGAUUGGAUGAAGACCAUUCAGGAGAGACUGCGGAUCAAUGACAACACUAAGGGACCUAGGUCUGCCCUGGAGGCCAGACUAAGAGACACAGAGAAAAUCUGUGCGUUGGAACCUGAGGGCCGGCUGAAGAUGGACUUGGUUCUCAUGAAGGCCGACGCUCUCCUUCAGUGCACCGACGAGGAAAAGAAACACGAGAUAUUAUCCAAACUAAAGGAUAUUAAAGCCAUGUGGGAAGAGACAGGCUUAUACAUUACGCAUUGUCACAGCCGUAUCGAGUGGGUAUGGCUGCACUGGAGCGAAUACCUGAAAGCCCAAGACGAAUUUUACGUAUGGAUUCACAACAUGAAGGUGACUUUGGAGCCUGACAUAGAGCUGCAGCUUGGCCUCAAGGAGAAAGAGUGGCAGCUCAGCCAUGCCCAGGUCCUGCUGAACGAUGUUGUAAACCAGUCGGCCCUGUUGGAACGGCUGCUGGAAGAAGCCUCCUCCCUCUACAACAGGAUUGGGGACCCAAGUGUUGAUGAGGACAUCCAGAAGAAGAUGAAAGAGGAAUACGCAGACGUCAAGGACGAAGCACAGAGGAGAGUGCAGCUGCUCGAAAAGAUAACAAAGGAACACCAGCGAUAUAAGAGCAACGUGGACCAGUUUCAGCUGUGGCUGACCCAGGUGACAGAGAGAUUAAACUCCUGCCUUAGUCAAGAAGCAAAAUCGCCAGCAGAGAACAGAAUUAAGACAUUGCAGGACAUUGCCAAAGAUGUGAAGAGCGGGGAAAAGAAAUGGCGUCAUCUUGAAGCUCAGUCUACAGGUGUGAUGCAGAACACCUCCCCGCUGGGAGCCGAGAAGCUGAAAGAGGAGCUUGAGGAUCUGAAGAAAGCCCUGGAGAAGCUGAAGGUGGUCAGCGUCGAGGAAGAAGAGAGGCUGCUGAAGAGCCUUAAAUCUGAAAACGCCUAUCAUUCGCAAGCCAGGAUCUUGGAAGGCGAGGUCCAGGAGUUCCGUAAAAGCCUGAAGAGAUUAGGAAGCACUUUUGAACCAGAUGACAGAGUGAGAGGCGACGAAGACUUAAUCACACUGUGGAGAAAAUUCAUGGCAGCAAAGGCAACUCUCGCAGCAGAGGAAUCAAAGGUUGAGAGACUGAAGGCUCAACUGAAGGAUCUGUUCAGGUUUUCGCAAGACACGCAAGCACUUUCCGAAAGCGUGAUAGGCCUAAUACGGGAAUAUCAAAGCCUGAAGCAGAAGACGUUUAAAAUGAGCACCGAGACUGAGACGGAACUGAGGCAACGCUUUCAAAACCCCGUGAGAGAGUUCCAGCUGUGGAAGCCAUCAGCUCUGAGGCUCCUGGAUACAGCGGCGAAUGUGUCUGACCCGGCCUUGACAGAUGCUUUUCUGCAUCAGAUAGAGGCAUUUCUGGCCGAAAGCUCCCGCUUUAAGGAGCAGCUCAUGAUGUUGCAGAUGAAGAAAGAUUUCCUGGGCAGCAUUUUUGAGGCAGAGAGAGCAAAGUCGCUCCUGGCUGAAGCAGCUGAUGCUGCAAAGGAAACGGAGCACCUGCACAAAAGUCUGCUUCAGAGCAAAAUCAGGUUGCAGGCUUUGGUGUCUCAGCAUAAAGACUUUGACGUGGUCUUCGAGCCUUUGCAGAAGAAAUUGUCUGCUAUCAGAGCCAAGUUGGAGGCAGAGAAAGAACCGUUGCCUGACCUGGCAGGCAAAGAAGCCCGACUGCAGAGGCUACAGGUCAUCCAAGGAGACACUACAGAGUGCGCUGUUCAAAUCGAAGAUCUGGAAAAACUCGUGCAGUCCGACCCAGCGCAGAUUAAUAAAACCAAACAGCUUUCCUCCAUCUAUCAAAUACUGAAGAGGUCUCUGGAGAACAUGACAGCCCAGAGCAAGCACCACGUCCAAGUCCACUGGACAUUUAAUGACAAAUCGUCAGAUCUCCUGCAGUGGCUGGCGGUGACCAAACAGAAGCUGGAGUCCUAUCAGGAUGGCAAUGGAGGGUGGAAAACAAACAACAGGGCUUUGGACUUGGAGAGGCUGCAAAGUGAGUUUCCGGACAGAGAGAUUCAGUUGCACCUCACUGAAGCCCACGGGCAGCUGGUGGCAGAAAACUCUUCGUUGGAAGGUGCUGAGAAGAUCCGAACCAAAGUGAAGAGGCUAAAGGAAUCUUUCGAGUCUCUCGAAGGCAUGAUGUCAAGUCUCCUCCAGAAAAUCAACGCAAACAGGACAACUGUAGAUGCCAGCAAGAAAACAAGCUUUUCAGCCAAACUGCCAUCCCAUGGUUUUGCCAUUCGCUCUACGGAAGAUCUCAACCACUCCUGGGAGAACAUGGCCAACAAAGAGGAAGAUACUGAUGAUCUCCAACUCAUUAAGAACUUCGAGCAGUGGUUGCAAGAAGAAAAUGCCAAGCUGUCCGAAAUUCUCGCCCGGAAACCAUCCAGUGGUGAAGAACUUCAAGCAAGGCACAGCAAGUUAAAGGAGCUUCAGUCUCGCGUCCCUGAGGGUCAGCAACAUUUUGAAGAUCUCCUGCGCCUUCGGCCGAUUGUUAAGAACUCUGAUGAUCUGGAGGAGCUGCGCUACCGAUGGAUGCUCUACAAGUCUAAACUGAACGAUUCCGGCAACUCCUUGGCAACAAGCUCUUUGGAGGAGACAGACACAUUUAGAAAGGGACGACCAGCCGGGGCGUGUUCCUUCCUGCGCCGCGUCUGCUGCGCCGCUUUGCCUCUCCAGCUGCUCCUGCUCCUCCUCCUGCUCCUCGCCUUCCUGCUGCCUCUCGUAGAGGAGACGCACAGCUGCAAGCUCGCCAACAAUUAUGCCCGCUCCUUCAACCUGGUGCUGAGAUACAACGGCCCACCGCCAACUUAAAGUCCUCUACGCAUGAAGGUGCAGCUGAGGUGACAGAUUAAGUUAUCCGAGUGGCUUUUCCCGGGGGUGUCUCAGCUCCUGCAGGUCCCCCAGAAUCCAGGGCAACUCACUAAGGGACCCGUGUAAACUGGAAACUUGGUCAAAUGACCUGCAUUGUCCAUAUAGGCUCAGUCCAUAGAAAUGAAGUAUUCAUACUUAGAGCUAAAAUUAUAUUUUUAAAAAUAUAUGACUAUAUUUAUAGUGUAUAUAUGAUUUUUAUAUAUGUGUCUCAAUGAAAGAUACCUUGAAAUCACCGUUUCCAUUUUUAACCCUGCCAAUUUUAUUGCUAUUCUUAUUUUAUGCCUUUGUCUUUGUUGAGUAACAGUAGAUGUUUCAACUAAAUCCUUGUCUAAGCAUAGAAACCAAAAGCUAAGGCGUAACCAGAUAGGGUGACAAAUGUGAGGUUG